UCGCCGUAGAUGUCUGGAAAAACCGAACCCACAAAGCGAAUGCAUAAAAGCCCCCUAUGUAUCUCACAUGUGCCUCGGUACAUCUCAGUCGUCGCUCCUAAUCUUCCCUGCCUACGACAUGCCCAUUACAGAAGAUACUAAGCGUUCAACCUGGUACAGCUCCAGAGCUCUCAAAUCUCCGGACGCCUAUCGUGACACGGACAACGACGCGACGAUCUGGCUUUGCGCAGAAAAGCUAGCCACGGCGACCACCGGGGAAUGGUUCUUUGCCUGGGACGUCCCCGGCCUCCCUUCCGUGCGGCGCAUCCUCCGUAUCGAGCAAGACAGCAGCGCGAGCUGGUUCUUGCGCACGCUGUGUGUCAACGUCGCAGAGUUGCAGACCAUGGUGUCAGGGAGAGACGGGCACUACAUGAAGGAAUACUACCUGGGCCGUCUCAGCCUUCUACGUCGCCAGUCAUUGGAGGGCCUCGCCGCUGAUGUCAUUGAGCGCGAGACGCAGCCGAUCGGGUGCGCAUGCGACUGGGCGAAGUAUGUGUUCGAGACUUGCAUCAAGAGCGGCUGGUUCCAUAAGCCGCACGCACGAGAGGUCUGGCAAACAGCAAUUAACCAAAACGAUCCACGAAAGAGUGAGUAGCGCUUUGCAUCGCUAGGACUACAACUUCUCACCGGCUGUAUGUACAGAUUCUAGGAGCCGCAGCCAGACGAUGCUCUCAGAGCUGUGGAGAGGAAGUGCUCUCAGUCCGCUUCGACGAUAGGCACCAUAGUGCUCCCUCACCCCGACAUGACGCACCAGUCAUGCAGCAACUUUGCGCCCCAGCUGUAGGAUAAUUAGCCCUUUUGGCUGUGUCGUUUUGAUGGCGAAGAAGACAGAAUGCCAAAGAGCCAUUGAUGCAACCAGCGAACGAGGGUUGUUUCCAGCGGCCAGUGUACCGAAAGUAGCUAACGCGCCGAGGACGUCAUAUUCUCUUGAAUCAUAACUUGACAAAGACGAGGUUAGCCACCUAGAACAAUAAAU